GCUUUUAAGCAUGGAAAUUCCUGGCUAUGAUAAUAACGCAGCUCUGCAGCAGGUAAAUCAGUUUUGGUCGAUGUUAGAUGACAUGUCUGAGAAUAAUCCGGAGGCAUACAAGACCUUCAUUGAACGCCAGUUACGGGAUGGAGCGGAGUUUUACUCACCGCCGCAGCCGCACGCCUGCAUCCGCACUGCUGUACUGGGAUUAAAGGAAGAUAUAUUGUACAUUAACAUGUGCAGUUGGAAACGUGUACCAGCGGCCACUUCUUACAGUGAUACUGUUCCUGUGUAUGGAGGACGAAUGGAGAAAGUAACAGAAGAGAAAGAGCAAUAUAGUGUCGUUGAUGUGGCCUUCAACCCUGAGUUUCUGGAGAUGACAGAGAAAGACAAACAUGAGAAGGAGAAGCUCCAUCUGCUUGCUAUGAACUUCAUCGAACAACAGCACAACCUGAGUCUGUCCCAACGCUACAAACUCACCAAAGACAAACUCAAAGGCAGCAUUCAGGAUAUGAAGCAGCGUCUCAUGUCACCACAUACAUGCAAAUCUUCUGCCAAGAAGCCACAAUCUGAACCUGCCCCAUCACUACUGCAGCAGAUCUCCUCACUGCGAAUGGCUGAGAGUAAUGAGGACUCAUCCAUCCAACUGAGCAUGGAGCAGGAGAAGAAACCAGCCCGAUCAGGUCUCAUUGAGGUGAUCUCCAGCACAGAAUCAGACCAAUCUCAGCCACAACAACCCCGGCAUCAUCUCACAGUCUGUCCUGACAGCAGCGGCUCAUCUAGGAGCCUGAAGCUGAGUGUGAAGCUUCCUGGAGUGAGAUCUGUGUCACAAUGUCAGCUCAGUAUCUCUCAGGAUGAUAUUCUGCUGGAAGUUGAGGACAUCUAUUAUCUCCAUCUUCCAUUUCCUGAGUUGGUCAAGGAGGAGACAUGCACUGCAACGUUUAGUAAGAAGAAACAGAUACUAAAUGUUUUAGUGACUGUGUUAUGAGAACACUUCACUCUUAUUAAUCCAGAAACUGAGGAUAUAAACACCUUCCAGAUCAUUUUCUGAGAAAUAUGUAGUUGUAUUACUAACUGUUGCCUCACCGAUCAUUAGUCAUGCAUUCAAAUUCAAGGUAACAUAAUUUCAGUACAUAAUUUAAGGCACAUCUCAUCUCAAGGCAUAUAUUCUAUCACAUCUAUUCUUAAAUUUAUAAGAAGAGAUGAUAAUUAUUUUAUGUUAUUGCUGUUAACUGAUUAAUGCCUGAUAUUAAAAUUCUGUUCUAUUUUGUUUAAAUAAAUUAAUAGAACACUAAAAAAUAAAAUCACUCAUUUAAAAGUGAAUUUAUGAAAAA